GAGCAAGAAGUGGAUCACCUGUCGGCAUCAGGUGAGAGGAAUCAGAAGGAUGAUGUGUAUGAAGGAAACAUGUCUCCGCUGGCGGGAGGAAAGGAUGCGAUCAUGUCAACGAGGACACUAGGCUUUGUCGGGGCAGCGCCAUCAUCGCUAGCAGGCCUUGCAAGAGGAAAGAGCUACUUUAUCGACCCGUACACGCCAUUCACCCCUCGACCUGAUACUCUGUCAACACGCUCACAGAUCACUGGGCCCCCCCUUGCUAGCUCGAGAAGCAACCAUUGGAUAACGCAGACAAGCAUUGCAUACCUUCCCAAACGCCUUCAGAACCAUCGAAUCCCAAGAACCCCCCCCGAGACCAAGCGCGGCUUCCCCGCCUCCCCGUUUCCUCGCCCCUCCUACGAUAACGGACGACCAAAGUUCAUCGUCGGGCCCAACGGCCAUCUGCUCGAGAAGUACAAGAAACCGGGAAGAACUGCAUUCCCAGCCGUCGAGGAGGUUGGAAGAGUUUCGUGGAAUUUUAGCAAGAUGGGUUACGUGUGAGACUGUCUUCAAGAUUUUUUUUUCUCCAAAACAAAAGCUUUCAGGAGUAAACCUCUUGGAAGGAAAUCGC